AUGGUUCUCCCCGGUUCAUCAGCAUCACAAUCCGCCGAUGCAGGCGAAGUGUACACCCCGCAGACGAAUGCGCAACCGACGCUCGCCGACCUGCUCACGAUCGAGUCCUCCACGUCCAUAUUCUACACGUACGCGCGCGAGACACGGAUCAGCGAGCUCUUCGUGGACGAGCACGCCCAAAUUACUCUUCUCGUGCCCACGAACAAGGCCGUCAUGGCCCUAGCACGGAAACCACAUCAGGAUCCUGCGAAGGUCGAGGAUGGGACCAUUAUCUCUGAGGAAGAGUUCGACGCAAUAGCGAAGAACAACGUGCAGCGCUGGGUGUCUGCGCACAUCAUCCCACGGUCGCCCAUAUCGCUUUUGUCCGCAGAACCAUUUGACACCCUUCUCGCCGAUAAGUCGGUAGCGUUCGAGCAGGUCAGCGGCGAUGUGAACAAGCCUGACUGGGAACGCGUGCGAUUAAGCGGUGGCGUACCGCUGCUGGGUAUGAAGGAGGCAUGCAAUGGCGUGAUGUAUAUUCUCGAUGGCACUGUGAAGCUCAAUUGA